CAGCAUAGCAGGCAGACGCUCUGAGUCCGAGAGAUAGAAGCGCAAAAGUGACUAGAAGAGCUCCUCAGUCAUUCACAACGAUAAGGAUCAAAAGAAGCCUAAACAAUUGCGGACAUAAGACGAGAAAACAAGGCAAAUGUUGAUAACAGUUAAACUGAGGAUUGCCAUCGGAUCACUUUACCGGUUCGUGCUAUGCUUUACAUUUGAUGACAAUCACAUGCGCAGAAGCCGUUCGCCGGCCCUGGUUUCGCGUACAAAGUGGAGGUUGCGCUUGGAAGUGUACUAAACUUUAUUUUUGUUCGUUUGCAUCAAGUUUUUUGGAUUUAGAUUUAUCAAACGUCUCGUUUCCGUUAAACUGUGGAUUUUAAAUACAGAGGACCAAUAUAGUGUGGAUUUCCCCCAUAUUUAUUUGAUCUCUUUGUUACUCUUUUAUUUUGUAUUUCCAUUUAAAUUAUUAUCUUUUUCUGGGGGAGAAGGGACAAUCAGCAAGUUGAUUUUAGUGGAUUUAACGCAGGUGCUUCGGUCUUGAAGGACAAAAUGGAAUUGUUACUUUGACCCGCGAUAUCACCGGGUUCAUUCAUAUUCAACAGCUUCGCAUUUUCGAUUGAUUUCUGAGCGGAAAAACCCAACCAGACUCUGCUCUAUAACCCUCACCGCAACAAACCACUGGAAUUACAAUCAUGAACUUUGUUGUUUAUUUUAUACAAUUAUUUUUCGCUGCUCUCCUUCAUCUGUCUGCUGUUAAGGCUGCCUACAUACCCAAAGAAGGAGGGAAGAGCAAAAAUGACGUAAUUCCCUUCCUGGAAGUGUACAAAAAGAGCGCGUGUAGGACACGAGAGAUGCUGGUGGACAUCAUUCAAGAGUAUCCCGAUGAGAUCGAGCACCAGUACAUCCCAUCCUGCGUGGUUCUCAUGCGCUGCGCGGGCUGCUGCAACGACGAAGCUCUCGAGUGCGUCCCUACGGAGACACGUAACGUCACCCUGGAGGUAUUACGAGUCAAACAGCGAGUAUCGCAGCACAAUUUUCAACUGAGUUUCACAGAACAUACCAAGUGUGAAUGCAGACCAAAGGAAGAAAUCAAAACAAAGAAAGAAAACCACUGCGAGCCUUGCUCAGAGAGAAGAAAGCGCUUGUAUGUGCAGGAUCCACUCACCUGUAAAUGCUCCUGCAAAUUCACACAAUUGCAAUGCAAGUCCAGACAACUCGAAUUAAACGAAAGAACUUGCAGGUUUGUUUAUGAGCCGUCAUGACGCGCAACAUGCGCUGACCUAAUCUUUUAACGGUGCCAAAUCUGCAUGUUUCCCUCAAUACGUCUGGUCCGGCGCGUGCAUGUUUGUGGUGUGGUGUGUGUUCGUCUGAAGAUGUGUAGCGUGAGGUUUCGCUGUAAGAUUUCUGACUGAAGAAUCGGUCAGAAUCUGACGUGCACUAAUAACAGCGUCUUAUUUGGGGUCAACGUCAGUAGGUUUAUGUUUGCAGUUGUGUGUUUGUGAAGUUUUUUUAUUAGAAUGUGAAGUAGGAAUACAACUUACCACCUUUCGCUUGGCUAAUUCAAUGUUAUUGUAAAUAGUCCAAGCUUAAUUUGGUACUGCUGAUUUUGCCAUCAUGCGUAAAGUUGUGCCAUCAACGUACAACUAAUAUAACAUUGUGUUGGUGUCUUAGUUGUAUGCCAACAAUUUACUGCCAAGUGAUAAUUACAUUGUGAAAUCCAUUGCUGUGUGCUUCUCUUCAACCUGUCCCACUAAUGGUUAAACUGUGAUCUCAUGUGGUCUUUGCUUUAGUUCUGUAUAUGAUGUUAACUUUUUUUUAAGUUUUUUAAGUAUUUAGAGGAGAUCCUAGCAUGUAUUGAUCUGGUUGACCUCAAACAUUUUAUCUUUAAUCCCUUUAGUUUAGAUUAUUACAAAGGCUUUGUUUGCAACAGCAUACUACCAUACUGCUCUUACCAUUUCUGCACUAUAUGCAGUAGUGUGCAUACUGUGGGCAGUACAUUAUUUUUCAUAUGCAUUUAAUACCUGGAUGAGCUAUUACAUUUGCAGAUAAGCACACUGCAUGUAAUACCGUAUCCCAUAAUGCAUUGCGCUUGACCAUCAAUAUAAUGAAUGAAUUGAAAGUAAUAUCAGCAGUUAACUUAUAAUAUCUUUCUUGACUACCUAAUUUAAUCAGAUUUCCAAAGGCGAAGACAUUUUUAGUUACUAUUUAAACGUUAAACGGGCUUAACUCUGAUUGGUCGUGAAGAGUUAAGUGGGUGGAGUCACAGAUCAAUAAGUGUAUGGGGUUUCUUAGCUUUCAUUUGGAGUAAACAAGAGUACUGAUCAAACCGUUUGUUUUC